UGUGCACUGGAGUUCUCGGGCGGGUGUGCUGGCUGUGGGUGCCCCCGCUCCCGUUCGCUCGCCUCCUUUCUUGCCCUGGCUCUCUCGCCUCCCCCUGCCUGGUGCUCCUGUCGGCUCACGCCCCCCUCCUCUCUCUCCAGCUGGCAGCGGGGGGGGGGCUGCGCUGCCUCCCGGACCUGGGGACCUGCUCCGUCAGCUGGGGCCCCCUGCGGACGGCUGCCUCCCUCGCCUCUAGGACCUGCCACUCUGCGCGGAAUGGCAGCGGCAGCAGCAUCCCCGCCAGCGGCGGUGGCGGCCGCAGCCACGGCCGCCGCAGAAGCUAUUGUUCCCUGGUGUUAAACGCGCUUUCCCUCCUUUUCAUCUGACAAGAACAAUAGCGGGGAGAGCUUUGCGUUCUGUACUUGGGAAGACAGUCCGAGGGCGAAGGAACAUUCCCUGCCAACCGCGUCCCGGACCUGGACCCUGGAGCGGCUGCGGGCGGCAUGGGGCUGCAAGCGAGGCGCACGGCGUCCCGGAGCCCCGACGCUGCGGGCCCGCGGCCGGCCGUCCUGCCGCUGCUGCUGCCGCUGCUGCUGUGCCCGGGCGCCUGCGGGGCUGCGGCGCCGGGCGCGGCGGAGGCACCCACCCUCUAUCUGUGGAAGACCGGUCCAUGGGGCCGAUGCAUGGGAGACGAAUGUGGUCCAGGAGGCAUUCAGACCCGCGCUGUGUGGUGUGCUCAUGUGGAAGGAUGGACAACAUUGCAUACAAACUGCAAGCAGGCCGAGAGACCCAGUAACCAGCAAAAUUGUUUCAAAGUUUGUGACUGGCACAAAGAGUUAUACGACUGGAGGCUGGGACCCUGGAAUCACUGUCAGCCUGUGAUUUCAAAAAGCCUGGAGAAACCCCUUGAGUGCGUUAAAGGGGAAGAAGGCAUUCAGGUGCGAGAGAUAAUGUGCAUCCAGAAAGAGAAAGACAUCCCUGCGGAGGAUAUCAUUUGUGAGUACUUUGAGCCCAAGCCUCUUCUGGAACAGGCCUGCCUCAUCCCCUGCCAGCAAGAUUGCAUUGUGUCUGAGUUUUCUGCCUGGUCGGAAUGCUCCAAGACUUGUGGCAGUGGGCUCCAGCACCGGACGCGUCACGUGGUGGCGCCCCCCCAGUUUGGAGGCUCAGGCUGUCCAAAUCUGACUGAGUUUCAGGUGUGCCAGUCCGGUGCCUGUGAAGCUGAAGAGAGCAUGUACAGCUUGCAGGUGGGGCCCUGGAGCACGUGCUCGAUACCCCACUCGAGGCAAGUAAGACAAACAAGGAGACGUGGGAAGAAUAAAGAACGGGGCAGGGGCCGAGGGAAAGGAGUGAAGGAUCCGGAGGCCCGUGAACUGAUCAAGAAAAAGAGAAAUAGAAACAGACAGAACCGACAAGAGAACAAAUAUUGGGACAUCCAGAUUGGAUACCAGACCAGAGAAGUUAUGUGUACUAACAAGACGGGGAAAGCUGCUGAUUUGAGCUUUUGCCAACAAGAGAAGCUGCCGCUGACCUUCCAGGCCUGUGUGAUCACCAAAGAGUGCCAGGUGUCAGAGUGGUCUGAGUGGAGCCCCUGCUCAAAAACGUGCCAUGAUAUGGCAUCCCCUAAAGGCACCCGUGUGAGGACGCGGCUCAUCAGGCAGUUUCCUAUUGGCAGUGAGAAGGAGUGUCCAGAACUUGAGGAAAAAGAACCCUGUGUGUCUCAAGGAGAUGGAGUUGCCCCCUGUGCCAUGUAUGGCUGGAGGACUACAGAGUGGACCGAGUGCCGUGUCGACCCUCUGCUCAGUCAGCAGGACAAGAGGCGGGGCAACCAGACGGCCCUCUGCGGAGGAGGGGUCCAGACCCGAGAGGUGUACUGCGUGCAGGCCAACGAGGACCUCCUCUCACACUUAAACACCCACAAGGACAAAGAAGCCUCAAAACCAGUGGACUUGAAAUCAUGCGCUGGCCCUACCCCUAAUACGACACAGCUGUGCCACAUUCCCUGUCCUAUUGAAUGUGAGGUUUCACCUUGGACAGCUUGGGGACCUUGUACUUACGAAAAUUGUAAUGACCAGCAAGGCAAAAAAGGUUUUAAACUGAGGAAACGGCGCAUUACCAAUGAGCCCACUGGAGGCUCUGGGGGCGCUGGGAACUGCCCUCACUUACUGGAAGCCAUUCCCUGUGAGGAGCCAUCCUGCUAUGACUGGAAAGCAGUGAGGCUAGGAGACUGCGAACCAGAUAAUGGAAGGGAGUGUGGUCCAGGCACUCAAAUUCAAGAGGUUGUGUGCAUCAACAGUGAUGGAGAAGAAGUUGACAGACAGCUGUGCAGAGACGCCAUCUUCCCCAUCCCUGUUGCCUGCGAUGCCCCGUGCCCCAAGGACUGUGUGCUCAGCAUGUGGUCUGCGUGGUCUUCCUGCUCCCACACCUGCUCAGGGAAAACCACAGAAGGGAAACAGAUACGAGCGCGGUCCAUCCUGGCCUAUGCAGGAGAGGAAGGUGGAGCUCAGUGUCCAAAUAGCAGUGCUUUGCAAGAGGUGCGCAGCUGUAACGAGCAUCCCUGUACUGUGUACCACUGGCAAACUGGUCCCUGGGGCCAGUGCAUCGAGGACACCUCAGUUUCAUCCUUCAACACAACUACAACUUGGAAUGGGGAGACCUCUUGCUCUGUUGGCAUGCAGACAAGAAAAGUCAUCUGUGUGCGGGUCAAUGUUGGCCAAGUGGGACCCAAAAAGUGUCCUGAAAGCCUUCGACCUGAAACAGUGAAGCCCUGUCUGCUCCCUUGUAGGAAGGACUGUAUCGUGACGCCAUACAGUGACUGGACAUCAUGCCCUUCCUCAUGUAAAGAAGGGGACUCCGGAAUCAGGAAGCAGACUCGGCACCGGGUCAUCAUGCAGCUGCCGGCCAACGGAGGCAAGGACUGCACGGAUCCUCUCUAUGAAGAGAAGGCCUGCGAGGCCCCUCAAGUGUGCCAAAGCUACAGGUGGAAGACUCACAAAUGGCGCAGGUGCCAGUUAGUCCCUUGGAGCGUGCAACAGGACAGCCCUGGAGCGCAGGAGGGCUGUGGGCCCGGACGGCAGGCAAGAGCCAUUACUUGUCGAAAGCAAGAUGGUGGACAGACUGGUAUCCAUGAAUGUCUCCGGUAUGCAGGCCCCGUGCCAGCCCUCACCCAAGCCUGCCAGAUCCCCUGCCAAGAUGACUGUCAGUUUACCAGCUGGUCCAAGUUUUCUUCAUGCAAUGGAGACUGUGGUGCAGUUAGGACCAGAAAGCGCACCAUUGUUGGAAAAAGUAAAAAGAAGGAAAAAUGUAAAAAUUCUCAUUUGUACCCCCUGAUUGAGACGCAGUAUUGUCCCUGUGACAAGUAUAAUGCACAGCCUGUGGGGAACUGGUCAGACUGCAUUUUGCCAGAGGGGAAAGUGGAAGUGUUGCUGGGAAUGAAGGUACAAGGAGACAUCAAGGAAUGUGGUCAAGGAUAUCGUUACCAAGCAAUGGCGUGCUACGAUCAAAAUGGCAGACUCGUGGAGACAUCCAGAUGUAACAGCCAUGGUUACAUUGAAGAGGCCUGCAUCAUCCCUUGCCCCUCAGACUGCAAGCUCAGUGAGUGGUCCAAUUGGUCACGCUGCAGCAAGUCCUGUGGGAGUGGCGUGAAGGUUCGGUCUAAAUGGCUGCGUGAAAAACCCUAUAAUGGAGGAAGACCAUGCCCGAAACUGGACCAUGUCAACCAGGCCCAGGUGUAUGAGGUCGUCCCUUGCCACAGUGACUGCAGCCAGUACAUAUGGGUUACAGAGCCAUGGAGCAUCUGCAAGGUGACCUUUGUGAACAUGCGGGACAACUGUGGAGAGGGCGUGCAAACCCGAAAAGUGAGAUGCAUGCAGAACACGGCGGAUGGCCCUUCUGACCAUGUAGAGGAUUACCUCUGUGACCCAGAAGAGAUGCCUCUGGGCUCUAGAGAGUGCAAAUUACCAUGUCCCGAGGAUUGUGUGAUAACUGAAUGGGGUCCGUGGACCCGAUGCACUUUGCCUUGCAAUCAAAGCAGUUUCCGGCAAAGGUCAGCGGAUCCCAUCAGACAACCUGCUGAUGAAGGAAGAGCCUGCCCUGAUGCUGUUGAGAAGGAACCCUGUAACCUGAACAAAAACUGCUUCCACUAUGAUUAUAAUGUAACAGACUGGAGUACGUGCCAGCUGAGUGAGAAGGCAGUUUGUGGAAAUGGCAUGAAAACAAGGAUGUUGGAUUGUGUUCGAAGUGAUGGCAAGUCGGUUAACCUGAAAUACUGUGAAGAGCUUGGCCUGGAGAAGAACUGGCAGAUGAACACAUCCUGCGUGGUGGAAUGUCCUGUGAACUGUCAGCUUUCUGACUGGUCUCCUUGGUCAGAGUGUUCUCAAACAUGUGGCCUCACAGGAAAAAUGAUCCGAAGAAGAACAGUAACCCAGCCCUUUCAGGGUGAUGGAAGACCGUGCCCUGCCCUGAUGGAACAGUCUAAGCCUUGCCCAGUGAAGCCCUGUUAUCGGUGGCAAUACAGCCAGUGGUCUGCAUGCCAAGUGCAGGAUGCCCAGUGUGGCGAAGGGGCCAGAACAAGGAAUAUUUCUUGUGUAGUGAGUGAUGGGUCAGCUGAUGAUUUCAGCAAGGUGGUGGAUGAAGAAUUCUGUACUGAUAUUGAACCCAUUAUAGAUGGUAAUAAAAAAGUGGUUCUUGAGGAAACCUGCACCCAGCCUUGCCCAGGUGACUGUUAUUUGAAGGAGUGGUCUUCCUGGAGCCUGUGUCAGCUGACCUGUGUGAAUGGUGAGGACCUAGGUUUUGGUGGAAUACAGGUCCGUUCCAGAGCAGUGAUUAUACAAGAGCUAGAGAAUCAACAUCUGUGCCCAGAGCAGAUGUUAGAAACAAAAUCAUGUGAUGAUGGACAGUGUUACGAGUAUAAAUGGAUGGCUAGUGCUUGGAAGGGCUCUUCCCGAACAGUCUGGUGUCAAAGAUCAGAUGGUAUAAAUGUAACAGGGGGCUGCUUGGUGGUGCGCCAGCCUGAUGCUGACAGGUCUUGUAAUCCACCGUGUAGUCAACCCCACUCGUACUGUAGCGAGACAAGGAUAUGCAGUUGUGAAGAAGGGUACACUGAAGUCAUGUCUUCCAAUGGUACACUUGAGCAAUGCACACUUAUCCCCGUGGUGGUGAUACCCACUGUGGAGGACAAAAGAGGAGAUGUGAAAACCAGUCGGGCAGUACAUCCAACCCAACCCUCCAGUAACCCAGCAGGACGGGGAAGGACCUGGUUUCUACAGCCAUUUGGGCCAGAUGGGAGACUAAAGACCUGGGUUUACGGUGUAGCAGCUGGGGCAUUUGUGUUACUCGUCUUCAUUGUCUCCAUGAUCUAUCUAGCUUGCAAAAAGCCAAAGAAACCCCAAAGAAGGCAAAACAACCGACUGAAACCUUUAACCUUAGCCUAUGAUGGAGAUGCAGACAUGUAAACCAUAACUUAUCCUGCAACAACCAGUCUCAGCUUUCUACCUUUGCUGUAGAUAUCCAGAGGCCACAAAGCUAUUCAAACUGUAUGGAUUAAAAUACAUUGUAACUUCUUAAAAGAUCAUCAUUAAGAGUGAAAAUCACAGUGCCACUGGAGAUAUCAAGACAGUACCACUUACAUAGAAACCAUCAGCCUUGAGAAUUCUAGGAGAUUUAGUUGAAUACAUGCUGAAUUCUGAGAGUUUUAUGUGAUCUUUCUGGAAUCUACCAACUGAUAAUUCACUUUCAUCUCUAAAAUAACGGUGGUGGGAUUGGCCAGUUAGGAUGCCUGAUGCAAGCCUCUGUCUGCAGUUAACCAUAGUAACAUUUUCGCAUGAAGAGUUUAUACCAAGAUCUCUACGCUACUAUAGUCAAACAUAACAACAUGUAUACUCAAUUGAUGAUACACAUUAUGUCAGAUUAUGUACUUGUUAAUAAGCAAUUUUAAUGGUGAAUAAAGAUAAACUCUAAACUGA